UGUGUUUGAACCGAACCAUGCGUGUAAAAGCAGUUUUGGUGCGGGGCCAGUCCUGAAGGGUACCGGCGGUGCAGUGUCCGUCGGAUUGGUGCGCGUCUCUCUCCAAGGUGGAUUCGGUUUCCAGCCCCGGUAACACAAACUGACUUCAUCCGCGGGGAGAAACCGAGACCAACGGAAAAGGACAGUUCAUCACCUGAACACCAGCUGACAUAUUCCCGCUCCUGGACUCCUCAUUAAUGGAUCUAAACCUCCGAUAUUACGCGGACUGACUCCUCUCUGGCUACUUCUUUUUCUCAUUUCCAUCCUUUUAUUUUUUAUUUUAUUUUGUGGCACAAUUAAACUCCAAAAAGGAUCCGCGGAGAGUCAACCUGUCAUUUAACGCCUCACAUUAAAAAUGAUGUGAACAGUAAAGAUCUGGAAAUGCGUCGCAAAUGCUUCUUUCUGCUCGAGAUAAUGUUUAUAGGAAAUGUCUCGCAAAUGGGACGUGGGCGCUGAAGGGGAACUACUCCAUGUGUAAGGCCAUACUUCACGAGGAGAAGAAAGGCAAGAUGCACUACCAGAUAGCCGUGAUCAUAAACUUCCUGGGUCACUGCAUCUCAAUGGUGGCUCUGCUCAUCGCCUUCUUCCUCUUCUUGUGUUUGAGGAGCAUCCGCUGCCUGAGAAACAUCAUCCACUGGAACCUCAUCACCGCCUUCAUCCUGAGGAACGCCACCUGGUUCAUCGUCCAACUGACCAUGAGUCCCGAGGUGCACGAGAGUAACGUGAUUUGGUGCCGUCUCGUCACCGCCUCCUUCAACUAUUUCCACUCCACCAACUUCUUCUGGAUGUUUGGUGAAGGCUGUUACCUCCACACAGCUGUCGUUCUCACCUACUCCACCGACAAGCUCAGGAAGUGGAUGUUCAUCUGCAUCGGCUGGUGUAUACCGUUCCCUAUAAUUGUGGCGUGGGCCAUCGGGAAGCUGUACUACGACAAUGAGAAGUGCUGGUUUGGAAAGCGAGCUGGCGUAUACACAGAUUACAUCUACCAAGGUCCCAUGAUUCUUGUGUUGGUGGGCUUCUUUGUGUCAGUAUUUUACUGCUUCCUAAACAGUGAGGUGCGGUCGGCGGUGAGGAAGCGGUUCCACCGGUGGCAGGAGCAGCACUCGAUCCGGGCCAGGAUGACCCAGGCCAUGUCCAUCCCCACGUCACCUUCACGGGUCAGCUUCCACAGCAUCAAGCAGUCCACGUCGCUAUGAGAGCCGGAGGAAGCAGCUUUGUCGCCGUCAUCAUAUUUUCUGCCACAUUCACUGGAGGACACUGAAACACUUUCUGAGCUGGGGGAGGCGGCGAGGGAGGGAGGGGGAGAGACACUGCGGCAGCCUCCUAUAAAAACCUCAGGAGGGACUUUAUUUUCAGGACGUGGACGAGGAUGAAGGACACUGCAGACUUUAUGAAACGAGAGGUUAGUGGAUCAAAAGAUAGCACAGUUUGGAUCUGUGUGAAUGUACAGCACUCCUUAUUUCUUUCUGCUCGCCAUCGACGUUUCUCCGUCGUAUUCCCGCUUUGCACACUUUUAUUUUUCCGCUAUCUUACGUCGGAGAGCUCGUGACGCUGGACUGCACUGAACUGGAUUCCAACCCAGCGGACACUGGACACCAGACAGAGACUAACUUAUUAAAAAAAUGACAUUUUCUUGCUUUUAUUUUCUUUAUUUUUUUAUUGUUAUUUUGCCGUCACAACCAAACGUCUGGUCCGUUGUGUAAUUUUUUGUGUUGUGUUCUUUCUUCUUCUGUUUUCAGUCGGCUUGGUGCGGUCGUCAACUUUCCAGAAGGUUUUAAAACAUUCCAGACUUUCUACCUGAAGAGUUUUGUUCCAAAAUAAAACGUCUGGUCAGGAUGAGAUCAGAGAAGAGGAGCUGGAGUCAGGAGGCAAUUAGCCUAGCUUAGCGUAAAGACUGGAAGCAGCUGGAACAGCUAGCCGGCCUUUCUUCACAGUCCCAAAACAAUCAGCGGUCUUUAUUUUGUGUUUUAAAGUCAAAAUUAAAUUAAAAAUGUCACUUUAACCCUUUAAGAUCAGAUCUUCAGUUAUGUUGUUGCUCUAUUUAACCAUUUAUGCUAAGAAAAUGUACAAAAACUAAAUUUAUGUGUAUUUUUAUAUCAAAAUCUGAAUAAUUUUGUCUUGUUGGAAACACAAUGUGACACAGAGUUACUGAUUUCAACCAAUAAUAUCAUGACAUUCAAUCAAACUUCAACUUUUAGCGACACAGAGCGAAUAUUCAUUAGUUAGCUCCCUGAUUACUGUACAAACACAACUUUAGC